AUGUUUGAAAUCUCAUCUUUAAUUUAAAAUGGUAUUCAGAAAGAAGAAGAAGAUAAAUAAGUUAAUUAGAACUAUAUUUGUGAAAUAAUGAGGAGAAAAUAAAUGCAUUUCCAUUAGAAAAUAGUAUAAUGAUUAUUUUAAUCUUAAUGAAAAUUUUGGAAUAAUAAAGCUAGAUAUAAGGAGGAUGUAGAGUCAGAUGUUGAGUUAUAGAAAGAAAUGGAAGUAAAAUAAUUGUAAUAACAAGCAGCAAAGAAUAUUAAAUGAUACUGAUAUUUGAGGUGUGCAUGUAGAUAAAGAACAAGAUGUAUUAGAAUAGAAAACAAACUAAUUAUUAUAUUAAUACAAUUUAAUUGGAUUGUAGUGUAGAAGUGAGAAAAAUUAGAAUUAAACUGGAAAUAAUUUAGAAAAAAAUGUUAAAAAAUUGA